UCCUUCAAAUAUCAUUCACAAUCAAGUAAGUAACUCAUCAUUUGAUACAAAAAAAGAAAAAAUGAAUCUUCUUACCGAUGAGAUCAGAGGCAAAUCAGAGGUAUACAAUGGAGAUGAAAUCUGCCAAGCAAAGUCCAAGGAACUUCUCUUGGAAAUAAACCUACCAAAUGGUCUUUUACCUUUGAAGGACAUUGAAGAAUGUGGUUAUCAUAGGGAGAGUGGUUUUGUUUGGCUUAAGCAGAAAGCAAGCUAUACUCACAAGUUUGAGAAAGUUGAUAGGCUUGUGACCUAUGGUACUGAAGUCACUGCCACUGUUGAGGUUGGUAAGAUCAAGAAGCUAACUGGUGUGAAGGUGAAGGAACUCUUGGUUUGGCUUCCACUGCAUGAAAUCCAGUUGGAUGAUCCACCAACUGGUAAAAUCACUUUCAGGGCCAUUACUGGACUUUUCAGAACUUUCCCUGCCUCAGCUUUUGAGAUAGAAGAAGAACAAGUUAAGGAUGUGAAGGAAGAGAACAAAGAUCAAGUCAAAGAAGCAGAAGCACCUGCUGCUACUGCUGCUGCUGUUGAAGUCAAAGAGGUCUAAAUCUGAUUCUGAUUCUGAAUUAUUAUGCUUAUUCCUUAAAUAAGUUUAUCCAAAAGCUACUUAUGUUAUGUUUCAGUACAUUGUAAUCUUUUCUAUUUCUUGCUCCACAGCAAUGCUUGUUUGUUAUGUUUCAGGGUCUUUGAUUAUUCUGCUCUUAUAUAUGGAGCAGUUUACUUGAAGACUAAGAAUAUAUGAAAUUAUAAUCAUUUAUCAUGAUAUAAUGUGAUCAAAGAUAAUUAUUAAAGUUUAUUCUCUUCAAA